UGUCUUUCUUCUCACUAUUGUAUUUGAAACAAAUAUUUAUUCGUUAUUUAUAGUCAGUGUGCUUGCAUUUCACAACAGUCUGCAAGAACUUUAUUCCGUGGGCUAAUCUUAAUCUUCAGUUUACUCUUCAAACUGAAUGCUUCUGAUGUGAGGCUUCUUGACAGGAAGCAUGACCUCAUUCUGCCUCUGUGCUUCUGAUUGCAUGGGCUGUUUUCAAAAGGAAACAAGGGACUUCAUAGGCCUGCCUUUCCAAAGACUCAAUGCCAUUCUGCUCCAGGAAGCUGCGGAAAGAACACCCUACACACACGUCUCAAAGGCUCUGGUGUUGAUGAGAAAGUUUUUGCCAUACAUUUGUUCAUAGUGAAAUGGAUUUUCCAGACAAUCUAUAUUACUUGUUAUCCCAGAGUAUAUGAACCAGUGUUUUUCAAGAUGUAUGGAAUAUCACAUGUUACAUCGACACCACGAGCAAGUUCAACAGCAUUUGAUGGAAAACACAGACACAGCCUCUCAGAACAUAUUUUUCGAAGUUAUGCUUGCACCUUUCUGGAUGAUGGCGCUGCCUACGGGUGCUGUUCCACAAGCCCUUUGGGAGGCUCCCUCUUCACAUGUCGCCGCAGCCCUCGGCUGCUUUCCAAUGGUUAUUAUGUUUUGACAGAAGACAGCUUUCUGUCUGAUGAAGAUGGCAACAUAACACUGACACCAUCCCAGACAAGCGUUACCUAUAAAGAGAAUUUAGUUCGCAUAUUCAGGCGAAGGAAGAAAAUCCGGCGCUCUCUUGCCAGCUUGUUCAGUCUAAGUGCCUCCAGCCCAUGGCUCAGCAGCACCGUUCUGAGCAGUGUGGAUUCCGCCCACAUAGACGAAUGCAGUAAACUACAGGCCAGUCAGACUGAUAUCGGCGAUUCAGAUUUUUCUUCCGAAUAUAACAUCCCAGUGCCACAGGGUCAAAUUCCAGCAUCUAUUGGAGCCUCUCUUAUUAAAGAUGAGGAGCUUUUUGAGCCUGGGAAAUCACUUUGUGCCUCACCAUACUGCUCUCAGUUUAUGAUAAAUGAAAAUGAAGAUACACUGAACAAGGCAGAAUCCAGUACAGUGCCAAAUUUUCUGGCUCAGAUUGCUGCACUGAUGGUGUGUUUAAUCAUUUCAGUAUGUACAAGGUAUUUUCUGGGAGGAUUGUCUGCCACUUUGUUGUUGAUAAUUUUAGUCUUUCUUUUGUCCCGAGAUGCUGCUCUGUCAUCUUUCUUCAGUCUUGUCAAAUCUUUCAAAACAACAAAGUUUUGGAAUAAUUGAAAAGAAAGAAUAAUUGAUUUAUUUCCCUCAGCUCUUUAGAACCAAACUACAAGAUACUUCCUUAUGGCCACCAUUACAUAAGUUCCUAUGGAAAAAAAAUAACAAUUGUUUGUGUUCUUCCUUUAAUAUACAAUUCAUUUUAGCUUUAUUUUUAUUCUGUUUUUAUUCUAUGUGAGAUUGUAUUUCUUGGUGCUCAUCUGCAAGCAGUCAUGCAAAACCAGAGAUCUCUAAUCUCUUAUGUCAAUGAGGUACUACAUAAACAUGGAGUCCUAUAAAAACUUUGAUGGUGAAUUGAUUGUAAAAGUGUUUAGCAAUCCUCAUUAAUUUUGCAUUUGCUAAGCAGCUGAUAUCUUCAAAUGCUUCAUAUAUAUUAUUUUCUUCUAAUGAUAUGCUGUUAAAGACAGUUGGUUUGGAUGGAGACUGAGUACCUGUGGUAACAUAUUUCAGAAGCAUUAUUGUAUCGUGUGCACAUUGCCUUUUGGCCAUAAUACCUUUAUCCUGAGUGCUAUAAAAAGAGGGAAAAGGAAGAAGGAAACAUAAGAAAACAUAAAAAUUAAUGGUGUCAAAUUAGUGCCUGAUUAUUAGAAGGAAGGGACUCUUCAGAAAACUGGCAAUAAGCAUGUGAAAAAGCAGAGAUGAAAUUCACUCAGUGAUGAAAUUCUACCUGGAUUCAGGUAGAAAAAAUUAAUACAAUACCUGCAGCUAUUAACUGUGCUUUGGAAACACUGAGCCUUAUUUUUCAAUUUGGUUCUUUGCCACCACAGAGACUAAUUUAUGCAUAGAUCCUGUGGGCAACCAAAAACUGCUAUCUUGCGACUCCAAGCAUUUAAUAAUCUGUUUCUUUAAACAUCUCCCUAUAUGCCAGUUUAGCUAGGACAGCAUGGAUUUCAUCUUCCCAUGCAACAGAAUGAUGAUAUGUGAGCGUGCAAUUGCCCACCAGAUCAUUCUAUAACUAGUGCUGUUUCUCAUCUGCUUGUCCUCUGCUGUGCUAAAAGUGAUGUUAGCACAGCCCCAGCUGGUACAUCAGGUGUGAAAUAGUGGCGUUGCCGAUAGGGUACAGUCAGGCUGGCAGGCACAAUGACUGGGAUUUCAAAACUGCAGCAAAAACACAUACAAUAAGGAUCCUGGUGGAGGAAUCAACAAAACUCAAACACCCUUGUCUGUCCAACUCUCUGCCUAAGCAGAGUAAUCACAUUAGAGCCAUAUUUCUAGCACCAAAAAUCCAAAGAAGGGUGGCAAUGUGGAGAAGUGUACAUCCAGUAAUUUAAAACAUACAUUUCUCUUACAAAUGGUAAAUAAAUAUAUGCUGGUUGUAUUUUGAAGUGAAGCAUAAAGAGCUCAAGCAGGGACAUUUCACCCAAAUUAGAAUUUUUGGACAGUAAUUUACAUUUGCUCAGUGCAUUACAUUGAUCUUAGGUGAAUGCAGACUGUUUGAUGUAGCAAGACCUAGUUUUAUAGUUGCAAUAAAAGGUGACAACAGAACAUUUUUUUUUCCUAAGACUUAUGCAUUCUGUAGGUAGCUAGCAUAGUAUUAUAAUGCUUAUUCUCAUAUUUACUUGUACUUAAUGCACUUUAGUACUUUAGUCCAUUUUAUUCUACUUUAUUUUCUUUAACUAUAGAGACAACUGAGGGUAUCAUUGUGUAAUAUUUAUAAAUAUUUUUUGUUACAUAUUUUAUUUCUAUAUAUUAACAGGUCCUUUACUAAAUGCAUUAGAAAAAAAAUUAAAAAAGGAUUAAAAGAUCUUUUGUGUUUAAAUAAUUUCCUGAAAGAAUAAACUGGAAGAAUAACAUCCUGUAUUGACAGAAAAGUUUAAGACUGCAACUUCCCUGCAGUUACAGAAGUGAUAUGCUGAAAAGCAGGAAAGCUUAAGCUCACUGUAAAUUAGCAGAGAUACAUGAGCAAGUGAAGAAAAAGUAGCUUGCCAAAAAUUUGGUGUAGCAUGAACAGCUAUAAUCUGUCUAUGAAAAAAUAUAAGCUGUAAACUACAAGGGUUCUGAUUAGGAGAGGGGGAAGUUCUGGAACAAUUUUGCAAUCAGUGUUCAAGGACUAAAAAUAAGAUGUGUGGGAUCUGCUAAGAGAUGCCCUCUGCAAUAUUCAUCAGCGAUGAAUUAACAAAGUUCUGUUCAGUUAUCAGACUGCUUGCGUUUUGACUGUUCCCUUCCAUAUAUUCCAAUGGACAGAAAAGUAAUUCCGAAAAGCAGUUCCCUGAAAAGCAGUACAAUAGUAUGGUACAUUCAAUCCUAUUGAAUAAUAAACUGAAGCCAAAGUUUAUCUGAUGAAAAACUGAAGAAAACAUUUUCUAGCCUAAAUUUUUAAACACAGGCUGUCAGAGGUAAUUAGUAUUUGCAACUUCUGCUAACUAGCGAAUUGAGCCUAGGAUAAUUCUGAACAGUAAUUCUAGUAAAGUAAAACCAUUUUUAAUUUGGUGAUUAAUAGAUGCGUCUACAAACAGAGAGGACUACUACAAUUUUAUUUCUGUCCUCGGUGAUUAAAUCCUUAUUCAGCUUUUUAUUUAAUUAAUAUAGCACCUUAGUUUGAAAAAAUGUAAGAGGAGAAACUCAAGAUUGAGAUUUAUAACCCCUUGUACAUUAUCUCACACCUUUCCUUACAAUUAUUUUUUAUUGCUUUGCCCUGUCUUUUAUUUCUUGCUUUGUUCAGCUGAAUUCCAAGGGCAUUCUUGGGUAUAUAUCACAUAGUGCUUAAUAGUGAGAAUGUUCGUGUUGAAGAGAACAGCAGCAGGCAGAAUGAAAAUAGCUUAUAAUGUUGCUAGUGUAUGACCAAGUCUGUUUAGUAUUUGUCCUGAAAGUAAUAGAAGUCAAACUGCAUGGACUAAGAUUAACAUCUUGACUUAAGUGGUAUUAAAUGAUGCAGAAAACAGGCAUGGUCAUUCAGCCCUGUUCUGCAGAAUCUGUUCCUUGGUGUAUUUUUUUCUGAAUUAGCUGCAGCAUUUUGUUAACAUUGUUGUAUAUUUUCAUAUAUACGGAGCAAAACUGUUACUUCAUUUUAUAUUAUUGCUUUUGUAGAGUUUCUCAUGCUGUCUUUUGCUUGUCCUCCUAUCAUUUACAUAGCAGUAAAGUUGUUCUUUUUCACAUUUUUUUCCUGUAUUUGUGUCGUCAGUAAUGCAGAUGAUUGUUAGGAAUUGCAUAUAUUCCAAUUAAUUUGUUGUUUGUCAUUUGCUGACCUGUCCUGUAGGCUGUGUGCUCUUUGGACGGGAUUUAUUGGUACUCUGGUGUGAAGAUGAAAGCCUAAUUUUGUUAGUUACUGCGUAACUAUUACCAACAUGGCAUGUAAUGAUAAUUACAGUAAUGGUAACAAAAACCACAAUAAUAAUAAUUAAAUAGGAAAGAAAGAAAAAGACAUAGUUCCAGAUUCUGAGUGGGUAUCAGUCAGCUGAUUUCCAUCUCAGCCUCUGAUCUGCAGCAUUUUAAUAGUUUUGUUCAUGGAAAUCAAUUUGCUAGGGUUAUAGCACUUUACAUGAGUAUAUUCUGCACAUAUUCAGAAUACUUCUGAUGCACUGUGAUGAUAAUGCUAUAAAGCUAAUUUUGUUACGAUGUGGGUCUGUUAUUUUAUAUUGCAUUGCUUUAUACAUGUAACGAAUAAACUUGUAAUGUAUUAAA